GGGGCGGCAUUCGGGUGGCUCAGCAGCAGCUGUUUUUUGGAGCUGGGCAGCACGUUCGCUAUGCCGCGCCGUGUUCACGCAUUCAUUCAGUGUUGGAACGCGUUCCGGUGCGGUCACGGUGUGUCGAAGACGAUCGACAACGGCGAUAAACGGACGAACGAACGCGAGCUCGCGGUAGUGUGUUUUUUUUUGUCGGUUUGUGUGUUGCGUUUACCACAGGGGUGAGUGCGUGUUGCGUACCGCAAGUCGUUUCCCCUCCCCCUGGUUGUUGUUGCGUAUGUAGCGCACCUUGUGCUCCCUCCCCUCGCAUCGGCUCGGGACAACUUUUCCCUUCCGGUUCUUAGCUGCCCGGAGAAGCGGAAAUCGUGUGUCGCUUAAUCUGAUCGGCGGGUGUUGGAAAAGAAAAGUAAUAAAGAGCACUGAGACUGAGAGGCAACAGUUGCGGUCGUUCGGUGUGCGUAAUUUCGGGUCGCGUGACGACGGUGACGUGUGCAAGGAGAAGUAGCAGAUGACGCAUAGAAAUCAUUCGCAAUCGCUAGAAUCCGUCAUUCGACCCCGUGCGUGUGUGUACCGUUAAAGUGUGCGUUAUAGAUGGUGUGAGCCCUUACCCCGCCGGUGGGCUUUUGCUUUUGGUUGUUGCCAUUGCGAAGAGGCAGAUGCUCAAAAGCGACCCGCACGCGUCACUCCGUCGGGUGGGAAUUUAAAGUUGUGCAGUGGAAAAUUUGGCCGAAAAGGCCUACGCGUCGUAAAGUUCUUGCAAGUGGAAAGCUGAAGUGAUUGAAGAAAUACUCGAGCAUUAAAAUAGUAAAAGAAAAGGUGAAUUGUGAGCUUGUGUUUGUGCGUGACCGGGCGCGAAUGCACAAGCUCCUCUCUAGCUUCCAACGAGUACGUUGGUUUAGCUUAGUACGUGUACGUGAAGAUACGUGCGCUUCAAAUUUCACCUAAGUGUCAAUUUUAAAGGUACCGUACCAGCUUUGAUCUAGUUCGGUGCAGUGAAGCGUCGUCAAAAAAACCUCCGAAAGCUUCAUAUAUUCAAACGCCGUCUGUCGCGGAGUGUCAGUUGCAGAAUUGCCGUUUUGCCAACGCACCAAUAAGAACAGAUUGAAGUUGCUGGCGAUAGGAAGUGACCGUGGCGAAUAAUUGCAAAAUAAUCGUGCAAAAUGAUGAAUUGAAAGCAAGUGAUGUACACCUAAUGUGUCCAUGCUGCUGCAAAUGAUGGUCGGGUAAAACGAGCAGCAUCCGAAUCGAAGUGUGUGCCAUUGUAGUGCGCACCCUUUUUUUAUUUCCUAGAACAGCACUAGCCACUACAGCGCCCCGCCCAAAUUCCCUAUAACCUUUUCAUAAUCCUCUGCACGAUCCUCUGCUCUCGCUUCCCGUUUGCUCUCCAUCGCGCAAUUGUUGUGCUGGGUGCGUGCUUUUCCCAGCUGUGUGGGUAGUGACGGGUGCGUGUGUGUGUGUGUGUGUGUGUGGUAAGUAAAAGAAAUCAGCCAGCGUUUAUGAGCGCGCUAAGUGUUCGCGACCGAGUAAACAACUGCCCAUCGCUACUCCGCCGCAAACGGUGUUGCUGCUGUCAGCCGUCCGUCGACCCGACCGCAGUCACCAGCUAGGACCUGCGAGGUGCACAAAAUGGCGGCACAGUCACUGCGGCCAUGCUACGCCAUCGCUAACCAGAGCCAUCGAAGGCAGCAGCAGCAAUCUGUUCACAGCCGGGCUCAACCUAGCAGCAGUAUGGCGGGCGGCAGGUGGAUGCAGGUCGCCCUGGUGGCACUGGUAGUAGCGGUCGCCCUGCACCACCACGGUGUUGGCGCGUCGCCGAACGCAACCGUCGCUAAUGGAAGCGUUAAUGGGAAGCUUUCGGAGCGGCACAGUUACAACGCGAGCCCUAGCGAUGAUCUAAUUACGCCGGAUGAGAUCAACGCCGGGCUGCUCGAGUACUUUGCCGGCCCGCUGCCGCUGGCGGCGAUGGAGGCGGCCAAACCGAAGCGUGCCAAUGCGCGCCCGGCCGCCAUCUACAUGAACGAGUUCGCCGUCUACAUUCCGCGGGGCGCGGACGUUGCCGACUCCAUCGCCCACAAGUACGGAUUCAGCAACAUGGGACAGAUUGGUCCGCUAAAAGGAUACUAUCUGUUCCAUCACAAUCACGUGCGCAAACGCUCGGUAGACCGUAGCGAGGCGCAUCACAACGCCCUGAACACCGAGCCGGAGGUUCGAUGGGUCCAGCAACAGCACGAAAAGCCCCGCUUCAAGCGUGACUACAGCACGUUCGAUCAGGAUUUCGUGCGAUUUCCCGGCUUCCGGUCGCUAGUGUCCGGGACGCGCAUGGCGUACCGUGACACGAGCACCCACAACAUCUUUCCCGAUCCACUAUUCAAGGAACAGUGGUACCUGGUGAGUGCCAACGGUGGCGCCAAGGAUGGACCGGACAUGAACGUUGGACCGGCCUGGCAGAAGGGUUACACGGGCAAGGGCGUCGUCGUGUCCAUCCUGGACGACGGCAUCCAGCGCAACCAUCCGGAUCUGGCUCUCAACUACGACCCGGCCGCAUCGUACGACAUUAACGGCAACGACUCGGACCCGAUGCCGCGCGAUAACGGUGACAACAAGCAUGGCACGCGGUGCGCCGGGGAGGUAGCGGCCGUCGCCUUCAACCAGUACUGUGGGGUCGGCGUGGCGUACAACGCAAGCAUUGGUGGCGUCCGGAUGCUGGACGGCACGGUAAACGAUGCGGUGGAAGCGAAGGCACUCGGCCUCUAUCCGGACCACAUCGACAUCUACAGCGCGUCCUGGGGCCCGGAAGACGACGGCUCGACGGUGGAUGGGCCGGGCCCGCUGGCUCGCCGUGCCUUCAUCUUCGGUGUGACGAGCGGCCGGCAGGGCAAGGGUUCGAUCUUCAUCUGGGCGUCCGGUAACGGGGGCCGCUACACCGACAGCUGCAACUGCGACGGCUACACCAACUCCAUUUUCACCCUCUCGAUCUCGAGUGCCACCCAGGGGGGCUACAAGCCCUGGUAUCUGGAGGAGUGCUCGUCCACCCUAGCGACCACGUACAGCUCGGGCACGCCCGGGCACGACAAGAGCGUCGCGACCGUCGACAUGGACGGUUCGCUGCGCCCGGAUCGCAUCUGCACGGUGGAGCACACGGGCACGUCGGCCUCGGCCCCGCUGGCGGCCGGUAUAGCGGCGCUGGCCCUCGAAGCCAACCCGGCCCUGACCUGGCGCGACAUGCAGUACCUGGUGGUGCUGACGUCACGGUCCGAUCCGCUCGAGAAGGAGCCGGGCUGGAUACUGAACGGCGUGAAGCGCAAGGUGAGCCACAAGUUCGGCUACGGCCUGAUGGAUGCCGGCGCGAUGGUCAGCCUGGCGGAGCAGUGGACGACCGUGCCGUCGCAGCACAUCUGCAAGUCGCGCGAAAUCAACGAGGACCGGCCGAUCGAGGUGUCCGUCGGCUACACGCUCCAGACGCACAUGGACGUGAACGGGUGCGCCGGCACGGUGAACGAGGUGCGCUUCCUCGAGCACGUGCAGUGCAAGAUCACGCUGCGGUUCUUCCCGCGCGGCAACCUGCGCAUCCUGCUGACCUCGCCGAUGGGCACGACCUCGACGCUGCUGUUCGAGCGGCCGCGCGACAUCACCAAGUCCAACUUCGACGACUGGCCGUUCCUGAGCGUGCACUUCUGGGGCGAGCGGGCCGAGGGCCGCUGGACGCUGCAGAUCCUGAACGGGGGGCCGCGCCGCGUCAGCCAGCCCGGCAUCCUGUCCAAGUGGCAGCUCAUCUUCUACGGCACCCAGACGAACCCGAUCCGGCUCAAGUCGGAGGGCACGCGGACGGCCGGUUCGGCCGGCUACUCCGGCCUCAAUCCGUUCGUGUUUCCCACGGAAACAGAUCUGAACCAGCAGGCGGGUGCGCUUGGUGGGGCCGGCGCCGGCUACUACCAGUCGGCCGACCUGUACAGCAACUUCAUGAACUACCCGAACCUGUUCAGCGGGGCGGGCAGCGGCAUCGACAAGACGGUGGCCACGCUCAACGGACACAACAUACCGACGGCCCAGCGCGAGAACGUGAUGGCCGACUCGAACAACAAGCUGGUGGUGCUGCACGACUGCGACCCCGAGUGCGACCAGCAGGGCUGCUACGGCAAGGGACCGACGCAGUGCGUUGCCUGCAAACAUUACCGGCUGGACAAUACCUGCGUCAGCCGGUGUCCCCCGAGGAGCUUCCCGAACCAGGGCGGCGUCUGCUGGCCGUGCCACGAGUCGUGCGAAACGUGUGCCGGCGCCGGCCAGGACAGCUGCCUGACGUGUGCGCCCGCCCACCUGUACGUUACCGAUCUGGCCGUCUGUCUGCAGGUCUGCCCGGAGGGCUACUACGAAAACUACGAUAAUCGAACGUGUGUGCCGUGCGAGGCCAACUGUGCCUCCUGCCAGGAUCGGCCCGAUUACUGUACGAGCUGUGAUCAUCAUUUAGUUAUGCAUGAGCACCGCUGUUACGCCGCCUGCCCGAAGAACACCUACGAAACGGAGGAUUACAACUGCGCCGAUUGCCAUCCGUCCUGUGCCACCUGCAACGGGUCGUCGGAGAGCCAGUGCAUCCUGUGCCGGGCCGGCCGGUUCGCGCACGAGGGCCGCUGCCUGAACGCGUGCCCGGACGGUUACUACGGCGACAAGAAGCGGCACGAGUGCAUCGCCUGCCCGCACGGCUGCACCACCUGCGGCAAUGGAGCGGUCUGCAUCACCUGCCACGACAACUGGACCAUGAACCGGAAAGGGAAAUGCAUCGCCAACGGCAACAACAACUGCGACGAAUCGGAAUACUUUGAAAACGGUCACUGCCACCCGUGCCACUCGACGUGCGAAACCUGUACCGGGCCGACGGAGAACGAGUGCCUGACCUGCGCCUCGAACCUGCUGCUCCAGGGCGCGCGGUGCGUGAACGUGUGCGACGAGGGCUACUACAUGGAGGUGGGCGUCUGUGCCAAGUGUCUGCACACCUGCACCCAGUGCGUGUCGCGCAUGAACUGUACCGCCUGCAUGAAGGGUUUGCAGCUGCAGAGCGGCGAAUGCCGCACCACGUGUGCCGAUGGCUACUACAGCGAUCGUGGCACCUGUGCGAAAUGCUAUCUGAGCUGCCACACGUGCAGCGGGCCGCGCCGGAACCAGUGCGUCCAGUGCCCGGAGGGAUGGCAGCUGGCCGGUGGUGAAUGUUUCCCCGAGUGUCCGGAAGGGUUCUUCAAGACGAAGUUCGGCUGCCAGCGCUGCCACCAUUACUGCAAGACGUGCAACGGAGCUGGCCCGCUGGCCUGUACGACCUGUCCCGCGCACAGCAUGCUGCAGAACGGGCUGUGCAUCGACUGUCUCGCCUCGCAGUACUACGAUCCGCCGACGCAGACAUGCAAAACGUGCCACGAGUCGUGCCGGACGUGCAGCGGCCCCGGACAGUUCUCCUGCCUCACCUGUCCCUUCCCGCUGCACCUAGACCGACUCAACCAUCAAUGUGUGCCUUGCUGUGCGGCGGACGCAUCGCCCGACGAUCAAAGCUGCUGCCACUGCGACAAAGCGACCGGUGGCUGUAUUAACGCAUCGCCCGCCGGCAAGCGACGCAUCGGUGCCGAGCAACAGUUGCUGCAGUUCGGCGAGGAGAGCGGUGCGCCAGCCGUACCCGGCGAUGGCGGGGCAACGACGCCCGGUCAGGCGGCGGGCCGGGCCUGGCAGCAGUUCCUAACUAGCACGUCCACGCCGACGCUGAUGGUGGUCGCCGUGUCCGGCUGCCUGCUAAUUGUUACCCUGUUUGUAGUGAUAUUUACCGUUUUACAGAAGCGUAGCCAAACGAUGUACACUGGAAUUAAGUAUAAUAAAUUAGGCAAGAAAGCGGCGUCGGGCCGAACCACCAGGAUAUCGAUACCGGCCGAUGGCGAUGAUUUACUGGAACCAAUUGUAAAUAACGAUGAGGAUGAGGAGGAGGAGGAGCAGAACGACGACGACGACGAUGAUGAGGAUGAGUCUGGCCAAUCGGGCGCGGAUGGUGGGGAGGAAGAAAGGCACCAACGACGUGGUGGUGGAGGACGUGGCGCUCGCUUUGACAGCCGGAGGUCAACCGCAGCGAUGGCGACCGCCGCCCGAGGGAAGCGGACGUUCCGGUAUGCGCCCACCGCCCACCGGACCUAGGCUGUUACGCGUGGCUGGAUGGAUUUGGAAGCGGAAUGAACACAAUUUUACAUCCCUCCUCAAACAAAUGGCCCCUUCCCUACCGUUCUCCUUCUGCACUUUCAUCUUCAACCAGCAACCAGCGACCCCCCUUGGUAUCAUCCAUUCAAAUGAAAAUGGCCCUAACAAGGAGUGUGUGUUUGUGUGUGUGUCAAAGCGUGUGUGAGCAAUGUUGGCAUGUGUGUCGCGCAAAUGUUUGCCUGUGCGUGUGUGUGCGUGUAUGAUGAAUGCGUUUUUGAGUGUGCAUGUGAUUAUGGAAAGUUGGUCACCGGGAAAGAAACGGACAUUUAAUCAAGCGAAAAGCCAACCAAAAACCCGCACCCCCGAAAACCGCGGCAAACGGCUGGAUCGGCAGGGCUGACCACUGACGGCUGACAGGUGAGGGGAACGAACGGGGUGUCGCGGGUGCGUAGUCGCCAUUCAUCAUUAGUUGCAUUGCAGCGCGGUUGCGUGGAAACGGCCGCUUCCCUUUCGAGCGAGUGACUGAUGCGGGAAAGUUGAAAUUUGAUCUUUUUUUUUUUCGUUAGCGCUUUGAUCCUAGGUUGCGUGAAAACAAAAGGGAGGAGGUGUUUCGGGGGGCUUAAGAUAUGUGAGAGGGAAAUGGAAUUUAACGCAAAAGAGGUCCUGCGGUGGCUUUCCCGCUCUUUACCAUGGUUCCUUGCAUUUUCAGCAGCAAACGGGCGUGAUUUUAAGCGAAUUCUCUGCUCUUUUUGUAUGUUUGGACUUUUUUCUUGCUCUAUCUAUCUGUGCUGUUUGAACACUCUUACUAUACUUUCUUUAUUUGUGUAAUAGAAUAAUCUUUUACAUCAAUUUUUCUAGCCGUUUUGUUUUCUUUCCUUUUUUUAUUCAUUUUUACAUAAUGUUUCGUAUCUUAUUUUUUUUUCUUUUCUUAGUUUUACAUCCUUAUCCUUCAUUAUAUUUCUUAUUUUACUGGAUUGUUUUACUCUUGACAAUUCUCUUUCGUUUUACUAUUUUCUUUACACUUUUCUACGUUUCUACAUUACAUUUCUCUUUCUAUUCCACAAUUAAGAAAUUGCUUUUUAUCUUUUUUUUUCUAUCAAUACCUACCAAGUUAAAUACCUACCAAUACCAACCCUUUUCCACCCAUUUUCCAACCGCUUAAUAUUUUCUGGAUGCGUUUAAUUAAUUUUGUACGAAUGUGCGCGUGACUAUGUAUUGUGCCACCAAUGGUUAACAGCAUGUGAGCGUGAAUGUGAAUCUGGUGUCGUACGUGAGUAGGAAACGAAAUCAAAAAUCCCUUUCAAUUCAAGCGCACAAACGCAAACACAUCAUGUUUGUGGUGCGUGUGUGUGUGUGGCUUGGUAUGAUGGAAAACGCAACUAAAGUGCGGAGACAGAAACGAAAGAAGUUAGGGAAUAUUAUAUAUAUAUAUAUAUAUACAGAUAUAUACAACUACACUUAAAUAGAUAUAUAUUGAACUAUACAUAUUUUUUAUUUUGAAAAAGUGCGUCCCACGAAGGACAGGAGGGACACCGUUGGCAGCGGGGGUUCAGUGGAAAUGCUUAAAACGGGAAAGGGGAAAAGGAACAUGAGCAGUCGCGUCGAGAGAGUGGAAGAGAAAAGUGUUUCCCAAAGUGUUGCUAGCAGGUGACCCGGCGGAAAGGAAGUGGAAGAGGCAAACAAAAAAGAAACUCUUUUUAAAACACGAACCAUCCCCAUCCCCGCUCCAUCCUGCAUCUUUGCAGCGUUGUUGCACAUUGUGUACAGGAAGCCCCAUUCAGCAGCCCCGAUUAGCGGCGGCAUAAGCGACGGUGUAGGAAAAGCAGGGCCAAGGAACAAAAGUGCUUGGAGUUUAAAAGGAAAACGAGGCGAGAGGAAUGGGUAGCAUUUUCCACUGGGAUUUGAUGAAAAGCGGAGCAGGGAGGGGUAAAACAUGCAUCGUUGAAACAACGUGAAAAACACUCGCAUUAAAAACACAAACACAAACACAGCAGCCACAUUGAAGAAACCGAACGUGAAACGAUUGUGUCCGGUACGUUUUUCGAGGGGGAGGGGUAAAGCCAAACCGAAACUGUUGCAUGGGGAGUGGGGCAGAAGGUGCGACAUGCAAAAAUGUAAAUUAGAAAACAAAAACAACAACAACAACAAAUGUGGAAAGGAAAGAAAACAGGGGUGAUAUGGUGUUAAGCUAGAUAAAUUUAAUUAUGUUUUUAAGUUAAGCAGAUAAAUAAACGUAAAGAAAAACAAACAACACAAACACACAUUUGCACGGAGUUGGAGAAAGGCUAACUUAAUGUGACGAAACAGCUUGACUUGAAUUAACAACAACACAACACAACAAGAGACUCUCAACGACUAAAAUCAAAACAAAUAAACAAAAACAAAACAAAAAAGGAUAGACAAGAGAAAAGAGAAAUGCGAACAGAGGAGGUGUUAAAGGGAUAAGAUAAAUAAAGUUCGAGCAGCGGAUGGACACACCGACACACCAGACAAAUGCUGCUGCCCUGCUGAGAGAGCACGCGUCGUGAACAAAUGUUCGUGACUCAUUCGUACUGACUCUCGUGGCGUCUCGAGAGCAAAAACUCUACCACUGAAAGUGCAUGAAACAACAACAACACAAAAAAAUGUUCGACUUGUUUUUGUAAAAAAAAGGAUUGAAUAAAAUGGAAACAAACCAAAAUC